UAUGGGUAAUCAAUGGUUUCUCUACUUUCUUUUGUUCACUUUAGAAAACAAUGGAGAGGAAAUUGAAUACAUCUUGUAUUCAAACGCCACUCACAUUUCCUAUGUUUCUAUUGAUGGUGGAAAAUCUAAAGCCUUGGUGAAGACACCAAGCGCGACCCUUGGUUACGACGAACUGAACUACCGCCUUUGGUAUUAUAAGGACGGUGAGAAACUUUACAACUCAAAUUUGGAUGGGAGUGAUUUAAAAAAUGUUUCGGUUCCAUCAAAUUUCGGUCCCUUUGCUGUUGAUGCAGUUAAUCAAAGUAUCUAUUAUCUCACCAAGACUGAUUUUAACCUUAAAUUGAUUGACUAUGAUGGGAACGACUUACCAGAUAUUGGUGUGUCACCAGACAAUGAUUUCAGGGAUUUACAAAUCGACGCUUAUAACAGAACAAUAUUUUUCACCACUGAUGUUACAAACAAUCGAAAUCUCAUCCGGUACAGUCUUGCUGAUGGAACUGAUCAAACUCUUCACUCUGGUGUCACUCAAAUAGGCACUCACCUUGCGCUUGAUACCGUGAAUAAAACCAUAUACUGGAUUCUAUUUACUUCUGAGACAAAUUACAAGAUAUUAAAAACAACGUACGAUGGUCAGACUUCACAGAUAGGAACAGAUCAAUCAGGAAGUAUUACAACUGUGGACAUUGCAGAUGGGAAUGGAUAUUAUUAUAUCCUCGAUACAACAACAUCAAAAAUUUAUAAAUAUUAUAAAUCGACAGAUACAGUGGCCACUACGAUUUCACUUGUAACUGAAGCAACACGAAUGGUUGUUGUGUCUGAUAAGGAUCACUGUUCUUUGAAUAAUAUCUGUCCUGCGAACUCGACAUGUACGAACUCUCCUGGCACCAUUGUAUGUUCAUGUGACACUGGAUUCACUGGAAAUCAAACAUAUUGCCAAGACAUCGACGAAUGUACAAACGGGUCAUGUGAUUACAAUGCGAACUGCACAAACACUGUUGGUUCUUACACUUGUCAGUGUUUAUCUGGAUAUAAAGGAAAUGGAACAAAUUGCAUAGACAUCGAUGAAUGUGCGGAGGGUGAUCCAUGUGGUUUUAAUACGAACUGCACGAACAUCGGUGAUUCUUACACGUGCGAGUGUCUAUCUGGGUUUGAAGGGAACGGAACAAAUUGCACAGACAUCAACGAAUGCGAAACGAUUGCUCCGUGUCAUUCAAAUGCAACUUGCACAAACGUGGAUGGAUCAUACGACUGCGUUUGCAAAGCAAACUACAGUGGUGAUGGCUUAUUUUGUGAAGUGUUGACGUGCCAAGCCGAUGCCUUAUACUAUGCAACAACCGAUGCUAUCAAAGGCGUAUUCUCUGACGGUAACACGACUGUGACCAUAUUAUCAGCAACCAACGUGAAACUGAAUUAUGAUUCUGGGACUAAAAGACUCCUCUACUACGAUGGCACCAGUCUUAUCACAGUUAAACUGGACGGAAGUAAUGCAACCACGAUAGCAUCUCUCUCGACCAUCUUUCGCUUUACAGUAGAUCAUAUAGCAAGAAAGGUCUACUACGUUACUGAACUAUUCAAAUCACUAAAUGUUAUUGACUUGAAUACUGGAAAUACAGCGGGGCUUAAUCCAACCAAUAUUUCUAAUGUUGUCGACUUGGAUUGUGAUCCGGAUAGCAGCUCCCUUGUAUUUGCUGACGCUACCAGAGGCGACAUUGUUCGCUAUUUUCUUGACAAAGACACAAAUGAGGUUGUUUACCAUAACGACACAUCACCAAAAUAUCUGACAGUUGACCCUCAGUAUGAAGUUAUUUAUUGGAUUGAUUAUAUUGCUGCUAGUGAUAGUUUUUCUCUUAUGAAAACAUAUUUCAAUGGUUCAACGUCGGAAGUCAAGUUCUACUCUGGUACAACAAGUUCAGUAAACGUUGCAAAAGGGAAAGAUAAUUUCUAUGUAAUGGAUAGCACAAGGAAACGUAUAGAUGUGUUUGACAGACCCACUGCUGCUUUCCAAGAUUCAUUUUUCCUCAGUGAUUCACCACAAGAAAUAACUGUUGUUGAAGAUUUAGAUGAAUGUUGUGUUGGCGGUUAUUGUCAUGAUAAUGCGACAUGCACCAACACGCCAGGAAGUUACUUCUGCACAUGCAAGGAAGGCUAUACUGGGAUAGGAACAAAUUGUGAAGAUAUCGAUGAAUGUACCCAGGGUGAUCCAUGUGGCUACAAUGCAAACUGCACAAACACUGAUGGUUCUUACACUUGCGAGUGUCUAUCUGGAUAUAAAGGAAAUAAAAGAAGUUGCAUAGACAAAGGAGGUGAAAUUGAAUACAUCUUCUAUACAAACGCCACUCACAUUUCCUAUGUUUCUAUUGAUGGUGGGGAAUCUAAAGCCUUGGUGAAGACACCAAGCGCGACGCUUGCUUACGACGAACUGAACUACCGUCUUUGGUAUUAUAAGGACGGUGAGAAACUGUAUUACUCAAAUUUGGAUGGGAGUGAUUUGAAAAAUGUUUCGGUACCAUCAAAUUUCGGUCCCUUUGCUGUUGAUGCAGCGAAUCAAAGUGUCUAUUAUCUCACCAAGUCUGAUUUUAACCUUAAAUUGAUUGACUAUGAUGGGAACGACUUACCAGAUAUUGGUGUAUCACCAGACAAUGAUUUCAGGGAUUUGCAAAUCGAUCCUUAUAACAGAGCAAUAUUUUUCACCACUGAUAUUACGAACAAUCGAAAUCUCAUCCGGUACAGUCUUGCUAUUGGAACUGAUCAAACUCUUGACUCUGGUGUCACUGAAAUAGGCACUCAUCUUGCGCUUGAUAUCGUGAAUAAAACCGUAUAUUGGAUUUUAUUUACUUCUGAGACAAAUUACAAGAUAUUGAAAACAACGUACGAUGGUCAGACUUCACAGAUAGGAACAGAUCAAUCAGGAAGUAUUACAACUGUGGACAUCGCAGAUGGAAAUGGAUAUUAUUAUAUCCUCGAUACAACAACAUCACAAAUUGAUAAAUAUGAUAAAUCGACAGAUACAGUGGCUACUACGAUUUCACUUUCAACUGAAGCAACACGAAUAAUUGUUGUGUUUGAUAAGGACCACUGUUCUUUGAAUAACACCUGUCCUGCGAACUCGACAUGUACGAACUCUCCUGGCACCAUUGUAUGUUCAUGUGACACUGGAUUCACUGGAAAUCAAACAUAUUGCCAAGUUGAGAAACUUAUUCGAAGUUCCUUGCAUUUGGACUCUUUUAACUGCAUACCAUCACUUCUGGUUUGA